AAAAAAUCAUUUUAUAAAAUUUGAAAAAAAACAAAAAUAAAAAAAAUGAGUAACGGAAUAGAAAUCUCUCAUAAAAAUUGUUAUGACCCAUAUGGAGAAUUUAAUACAUUAUGGUGUAAAGAAUGCGUUCCUCGUCAUAUAAUUGAAGGAUGGACGAGCGAAAAUCAUGAUAUUGAUGAAUUUAUUAAGGAUACAAUUUAUAAUGCAAAAUAUGAUAAGAAUGUUGAUAAUCAUCCAUUAUUUCUUGAAUGGGUACCAUUUGAUAGAUUUGAAAAUAUAAAACAAAUUGGCGAAGGUGGAUUUUCAAAAGUAUAUUCCGCGACGUGGAUCGAUGGUAAAGCGAAAUAUAUUAAACAAGAUGAUGGAACUUGGAAAAAAGGAGAACCUAAACCUAUGACAAUUGCUUUGAAAAAAUUAAAUGAUUCUCAAAAUAUUUCGGCUGAAUAUUUAAAAGAGACUAAAACACUUUGGAAUAUUUAUUUUAAUGAUGACGAAUCUUAUUUAAAUUUUUAUGGAAUCACCAAAGAUCCAGAAACUAAAGAAUUUAUUAUGAUUGUACAAUUAGCAAAUCAAGGAAGUUUGAGACAGAUUCUUUCAAAUAAUUUUAAUAAUCUUUUAUGGAAGGAUAAACUUAGAAUCUUAGUUGAUGUUACAUAUGACCUUAAAAGAUUGCAUAAACUAAGUUACUUUCAUAAAGAUUUUCAUAGUGGAAACAUAUUACAGAAUUAUAGUGAAGAUGAUGACGUGAACUUUACCUAUAUUUCGGAUUUUGGAUUAUCUGGGCCAGCAAAUGAACGACAAUCGGAUGAUAAAAAAACAUGUGGAGUAUUACCAUAUAUUGCUCCAGAAGUUUUGAAUGGAGAAUCAUGCACAUUAUCUUCCGAUAUUUAUAGUUUUGGCGUAAUUAUGACAGAAUUAUCAUCUGGAAAACCCCCCUUUUAUGAAAAACAACAUGACAUCAGUUUGGUAUUAGAAAUAUUUAAUGGAAUCAGACCGGAAUUUGGAAAAGGAACCCCUGAAAUUUAUAAGAAAUUAGCUUACAAAUGUAUGAAUGCUAAUCCCAAUCAGAGGCCAACAGCUGAAGAAUUAGAAGGAUUACUUUUAUUUUGGUAUUAUUCUCUUGAUGAUAGUAAGUAUUAUCAGGAAAGUGGAAAGUUUGGAAAUAAAGGAAAAGAAGUUAAAGCUUUAUUUGAAGAAGCUGAUAAAGAGAUACCGAAUAUUUCAACUUCAUACGAAAAAAAUCCUGAUGCAAUAUAUACUAGUAGAAUAUUCACAUUUAGUAAUUUACCAAACCCCAUUAAUUCAUCUAUUAUUACUUCGUAUUUUAACGAAGAAGGAGAUAAUAAUGGGAUUCCUAACUAAUUGGAAAUGGAACGUAAUUUAUUAUGUUUAUUAUUUAUAGUAUAUACUGGUAUUAUACUAAAUUUUGUUCAUUUAAACAAAUAUAUCAUAUCAAUAUUUUUUUAACAUUUCAAUUUAUGAUUUCUUAUAUAUAUGUAUUUUUUAUUAUUUUAUUAAAUUAUUAUAUUAUAUAUCAUAUGUAACUUGAUAAAAUAACAUUAAAGUGAGAAAAGUAACAAUAUGGCAA